AUGGACCCCCGUUAUAGUGCUCAAGACAUCCUCCUCUGUGACCUGUGUCAAAAAGCUGCAUUACAGAGUCAUUGUGAACUUUGUCAGAUUAACCUGUGUAAGGCCUGUGUAGGAGAGCAUCUCUCUGAUUCAUCCAAAAGACACAAUGUGGUACCAUACAAACAAAGGACUUCUAUUCCUAACUUCCCAAAAUGUACAAACCACACCCAAAAACAUUGUGAACUUUACUGUGAGCAAUGUGACAUUCCUGUCUGUUCUACCUGCAUCUACUCUGGGAAACAUAAAGGACACGAUUUUUCAUAUGCUCUACAGAAACUCAGUUCUAAACCAAAAAUUUUAGAAAACGACUUGGAAGAACUAGAGGAAAAUAUCUACCCUACAUACGAAGAAAUUACAUCAGAUCUUAACUCUGAAAAAGUCAACUUGGAAAAACAUUACGAGAAACUGACAACAGCUGUCACCAAACAAGGAGAAGACUUGCACAGAGAAAUUGACAUCAUUAUCAACAAACAGAAAUCUGAAAUUGAUGAGAUGAAAAAAGAACACUUGGCUGCUCUAAAUAAACAGCAAAAAGAAUUCAAACAGAUUACUUUAGAUAUAAAACAAAGCAUAGCUGAUCUGAAGAGAAUACUGGACUCCAAUGAUGUCUCCCUUACAUCUGCUUACAAAUCAAAGAAUGUCGAAUUCAGGAUUCUACCUCCUAAAUUCAACGUCAUAUUACCAAGUUUCUCUCCAAAUCAAAUUAAAAAAGAAACGCUAAAUCAAAUGUUUGGUUCCCUGUCAGCAUUUUCCAUUACAAAAGAAGAACAUGGCUACACAAUGAAGACAUCUAAAGCUGUAUCCUCUCCUCCAGUGAAACCACUGCUUGAUAAACCAGAGCUCACCACCACCAUAGACACUCGGUAUAAUCUAUACAGUGUUUCCUGUCUCAGUGAUGAAGAAAUCUGGACUUGCGGGAAUGAUAAAAUCUUGAAACUCUUCAACCUUGAAGGUAAACUACUGAAGUCAAUCCAAACCAAGUCACGGAACAUAGCACUUGACAUAGCAGUGACAAUGAGUGGAGAUCUAGUUUAUUCUGACUAUGAUACAAAAACUGUUAACAUAGUGAAAAAUAAACAGAUACAGGAAGUGAUCAGACUACAGAGAUGGAUACCUUGUGAGAACAGGAACCUGAAUAUCUGUGUGGCUGACAACGGAGCCAGAGCAGUAGUGGUGGUUAAUCAGGCAGGAAAACUCCUAUUUAGAUAUACUGGUCAUCCCUCCACUACCAAAGGAUUUUUUGAUCCACACGGCAUCACAACAGAUAGUCAGAGUCACAUUCUGACAACUGAUACAUCCCAACACUGUAUCCACAUCCUAGAUCAGGACGGACAGUUCCUCCGUUACAUUGAUAACUGUGAUCUGCAGCAUCCAUGGGGUUUAUGUGUUGACACCGUAGAUAACCUCUUUGUGGCCGAGUGUUCCAGUUAUAAAGUGAAGAAAAUAAAAUACAUGUAA